AGAGAGUUUAAUGAAAUUAGAAAAAGAUGUUCAAGACCAAAAAAAACAGGAUCACUUCAAAAAAAGUACUUUGUGAGAAAAAAGACUUUAGCGCUUUUCUGUAAACUUCUGAAUGGAAGAAAAAUGCAGCAAAAUUCUUUCAAAACAUUGCAACAGGUUUACAGCAACAACAUGCAAAAAAGAAACAUACCCCCAUUGAAACUUACCUCCACUGUAACAUACCCCCACUGACCAAACCGGCCAGUCCCGGUACAAAAACAUGGAAACACUGGAGCUAAAAUCAUUAUUAAAGAAAAGAUUGAUGGAAGAAUUGAUACAGAAAAUGGAUUUACAUAUAUAAAAGUGAGAGUAAAUGUAAAUAAAUGCAUAAAUAGGUUCAAAUAGUGUCCUUGUUGCUGCAGUUCAGGCCAACAUUGUAAAUAAGAAAUCGUUCUUCAUGUUUCGCCUGGGUAAAUGCAGGUUUCUAUCAGUUGGAUCUACAGGCGGCUGAAUGAUGAACUGAGCUCAUGAUGAAUCACACAUUUGUGUUUUCCAGUUUGACACCCUCCCUAUUCUAGAUGCCCCGUCCGUUUUGUUGCGUGUCACAGUCAUGUGUGGUAUCUUUGACCAAAAGUGUGUCUUUUCUCUCUGAAUGCCAGUUUCAGCCCCCACUGUGCUGCUCCACCUCUCUGCUCUGUCUUUAGAGGGGCGGGGCGCUUCAACUUCUGCCUCACAUGUGGAAGUUUUCACUUCCUUUUGGCGGUGAAGCCACAGCAGCUGUAAUCAGUGUGAGGAAAGCGUUUACUGUUGGGAUAUUGCAGCACUUCUCUCUGCUUCCACUCGAUGGAGGACGGCAGCUGAACGGCAGCUGAACGGAGAAACUCACUCAGAGCUGCAAUGGAAGAAUUCAGAGGAAUGCUCAGCUUUAGGUUCGUCUACAUUUUCACCUACAACCUGUUCCAGUUCUGCGGUCACACCUGGAUUCUGGCCAAUACCAUCACAAGGUUUUUCACCUUUGGGACAGACGCUCUGGCGGACACCUUCUACUCGGUGGGCUUUGUGAUGAGCCUCUGCCAGCUCCUGUCCGCCCUGGAGCUGUUCCACAUCGCAGACGGGAUCGAGAAAGCCAGACUCCUUCCUCGCUUCCUUCAGGUUAUGGAGAAGAACAUAUUGCUGCUCGUGGUCAACAUGUGUGAGGAAAUUCAGAGGAAGCCCGUGGUGUGUUUGCAGUUCUUCCUGUGGAACAUUCUGGACCUCCUGCGGUACCCGCACGAGCUGCUGUGUGUCGUGGCCACGCCCCCCAUCGCCAUGCUGUGGACGCGCUACUCCCUCUGGAUCCCUGUAUACACCCUGUCCGUGAUCAAUGAAGGCACCCUGAUCUACCAGGUCCUGACCCUCCCUGAGCCAGCGGCCUCCAACUGCCCGGACCUCCACGGCCCCUUGUCCUCCAUGGCCUACCUGCCCGUUCUCGCCAUCGGAGCCGGCAUCGCGGUGUGGCAGCUCCUGAAGGAGAGACGGCAGCAUCUGGAGAGGUGGAGCAGGAGGAGGAAGGAGAACUGAUGGAGUCUUUGAUCUUUGUUGGCUCGCCGCGCUCUGCGGGACGUUGAACGGACACUUGUGAGGCGAUGAAGAGGACGGGACUGACGGUCUUCGUUGGGCUGGGAUGAAGGCCAUCCUCCGGAACCACUCCAGUUUUCUCAGCAGCCGUCUCCAUCCAGCAGGAAGGUCAAGCGUCGCCGCGGUAACCACAGGACCGUGGUGCAGUGGGCUACCAGCCGUAGGCCUGAGUCCACACGGCUUUCUUCCUGAACUCGGUGGAGGACUUCAGAGCCAAGAGAGCAGCUGAAACGACGAUGCAAAGAAACGUUUAGAGCUUUUCAGGAGGAAAAACGAGUGAAAUGUCAAAUAAAAAGUUUUUUAGUGCAGCUGUUUGUGCUAAAACAAGGAAACUGUUGGGUGACGGAGCAAACCUCAUCACACGGACCAGAACACAGAAAAUCUCUGUUUUGACGUGAAACAUUUAUGAGUUCUGCUCAAUAGAUGAAGCUGAAUAAUCUUUACCAAGAAAAAACUGAUAAACCUUGAAGCAAAUCAACAUAACUGUGUCAAGAAAAAGAGUUCAAAACAACUUAUUUCAUCUGUGUUUGGAUAAAAACAGUACAUGUCAG